AUGCAACUUCUCUCAAUCCUCUCUGCUGCUCUCGUCUUUGCGCCCGUCGUCAUGGGCGUGGACUUCGCCAUCCAAGUCGGUCCCGACAAUGCAUUCACGUUCAGCCCCACUGAGAUCUUCCCCGCCAUCGGGGACACUGUUACCUUCACAUUCCUCACCAGGAACCAUUCGGCGACGACGACCACGUUCGAGAAUCCCUGCCCUCCUCCUGCAGGAGGAGUAGGACCGGGCGCAUUCGACAGCGGAUUCAUUGACGCUGUCAGUAUGCCCGGUAGCACGUUCACCACCACGAUUCUCGACACCGAGCCUCACUUUGUCUCCUGCAGCCAAGCUGCUGGGGCUCACUGCCGCUUGGGCAUGACGAUGUCCAUCAAUCCGACUGCUGAGCAGACUCAGGAGCAGUUCCUGGCUAACGCCAUCGGUUCUUGA